GAAGAAGAAGCCGAGCUAUUUGUAAAGAUGGCGCUGGCUAAUGUGUUGAAGAGUGAGUGUGCGGAUUUUGAACAGCCGUUUCCAUUUGGCUGUGGAUUUAACGAUGCUGAUCUUGGCUUUGAUAAAAUUUCAGAAGAACGUUUCAAUUUGGCAUUGAAACCUCUUGAAGGAGAAGAAGAUGGAAUUGAGAGGAAAAUUGAGUUUCUUCACGGAACGACCACCUUAGCAUUCAAAUUUCAGCAUGGUGUCAUCGUAGCAGUGGACUCCCGAGCAACAGCCGGUUCGUACAUUGCAUCUCAGACGGUGAAGAAGGUCAUCGAGAUCAACCCGUAUCUGCUGGGCACCAUGGCAGGUGGAGCUGCUGACUGCAGUUUCUGGGAGCGUCUGCUGGCAAGACAGUGCCGCAUCUACGAGCUGCGCAACAAGGAGCGCAUUUCAGUAGCUGCUGCCUCCAAGCUGCUGGCUAACAUGGUGUACCAGUACAAAGGAAUGGGCCUGAGCAUGGGGACCAUGGUCUGUGGCUGGGACAAGAGGGGGCCAGGGCUCUACUAUGUGGACUCGGAAGGGAACCGUGUGUGUGGCGAUAUGUUUGCUGUGGGGUCAGGUUCUAUGUAUGCCUAUGGAGUCCUCGAUAGUGGCCACCGCAGUGACCUGACCAUUGAGGAGGCUUGCGAUCUUGGCCGCCGCGCCAUCUACCAAGCCACGUUCCGUGAUGCCUAUAGCGGUGGCCAAGUCAACCUGUACCGUGUACACAGUGAGGGCUGGGAGAGGGUCUCUCAAGAUGAUGUACUCGAGCUUCACCAUCAAUACCAGGCCUAGAGAGAUGAACAUGUUAGGAGGGAAAUGACAGAAGUAAAACAUUCUGAGGGUUUCAGGGUGUAAUGGAAGAGUAGAGUCUAAGAGAGGCAUGACUAGGGGCCAAACUCUGAUCCUGGAAAGUGAGAUUUAGUAUAUUUUGGUCAUCUUAUUCUAAAACAAAUAAUUAAAUUUGGAAAAAUUGAAGAGGUGGGGAAGAGUUUUGGACCCUUGAAAUAGAAGUUAAGUUACUGUUUGAAUUUGUUCUCUCUGUUACUACACUGUAAACUAAUUACCACAUAAUUUUUUUUUUUUGCAAUAUAUGGUUUUGUUUAAUCCGUAGCUCAGUGAUGUCAUUUUCAGGCAGUAAGUUGCAGUUCCUCAUGUUUGGUGUGAUCAAUAAUAAACAUUACAGCCUCGUGACCAUAUUAAGCUGGCCAGCUCUGUCAAAGUCGGAGUGGUCCUUCUCACUAUAUGCAUAAUUAAUAAGAACACUAAUAAUAAACAUUACAGCCUAGUGACCAUAUUAAGCUGGCCAGCUCUGUCAAAGAACACUUACAAUAAACUGUUUUUGCGA